UAUAUCUUUGUGCUAAUAUUAAAUGUUAUACUUUUAUAUUUACUCAGUAUCAUUUUUAAUUUAAAUUAUGUGUCAGAAUAACCAUAAAACUUUUAUAUACUAAUGUGUAGAUAAAUAUAUAAAAUAAAUAUAGUAGUUGUUUGUUUGCUUAAAUAUCAGUUUGCAUAAAUGUUCAAAUAUUAAAGUGAGAGUAUUUUAAUGACACCUGUUUUUAUUUUAUUUUUUUUAUUAUAAAUCAAUUAUAUUUUAAUUGUGCCGCCAUUAAGACAAUGGUCACUAAUAUAGUGCCCGCACUGUUACCAGCAUUAGUACCGUUGGCCACACUUUUAUGGAUACGAGCGGCCGAUCAUUCAAUAUCUAUAUCUCGUAAUAACUGGGAUCAAGAAUAUGAUUAUAUAAUUGUUGGUGCUGGAUCUGCUGGCGCUGUAAUGGCUAAUCGAUUAUCUGAAGACCCGGCAAUAAAAGUGUUACUUUUAGAGGCCGGAGGGUCUGAAAAUGUAUUUAGCGAUAUACCGAUAGCAGCGGCUACUCUACAGAUGACACCAAUAGACUGGGCCUAUCAAACGGAACCUCAAGAAGCCUCCUGUUUUGGACUCAUUAAUCGCCGAAGUCGUUGGCCUCGGGGUCGAGUACUCGGCGGCUCAUCGGUCCUUAACUAUAUGCUAUAUAUUAGAGGCAAUAGUCGUGAUUAUGAUGGUUGGGUCCGAGAUUACGGUGCGUACGGGUGGUCGUGGGAGGAGGUGUUGCCAUAUUUUAUAAAGUCAGAGGAUAACCGCGACCCGGGUAUCGCAUACAAUGGGUACCAUGGUACAGGUGGAUACCUAACAGUAUCGAGUCCUCCAGAUGCCAGUCCAAUAGCCACAGCAUUUCCCGAAGCGGGUAAACAGUUGGGAUAUCCCAAUAUAGACUUAAAUGGUCCGACAAACACGGGGUUUGCCAUACCUCAGGGCACCAUUAGAAGAGGCGCCCGGUGUUCAACUUCUAAGGCUUUCCUACAAAGUGCUAGACAUCGACCAAACCUACAUGUCGUUACAUUUGCAUACGUGACUAAAAUAUUAUUCAAUGAGUUUAAGAGAGCACAGGCCAUCCAAUUUGAUCGCUUCUCACUCACUCAUAUAGUUUAUGCCCGAAAAGAGAUAAUACUAUCGGCCGGAUCUAUAAAUUCGGCUCAACUCUUAAUGUUGUCCGGGAUCGGACCUAAAGAUCACUUAACAGAGAACGGAAUUCCCGUAUUGGCUGAUCUUCCGGUUGGUCUCAAUCUUCAGGACCACAUAUAUCCCGGAGGCGUACACUUCACGUGUGACGGAAAAUAUUCACUAAUUCAACGAAGAAUUGUAUCACUUCCUAAUGUUAUCUCAUAUUUCUCUGCCGGAAGAGGUCCAAUGACAGCACUGGGAGGCGUUGAGGGAUUGGGUUUCAUAAAAACUAAAUAUGUUAAUCAAUCUGACGACUACCCGGACUUUGAGAUUCAUAUGCUGAACGGCGGUCCGACAUCUGACGACGGACAGACAUUUCGUCGGGUUCAGGGGUUUACCCGUGAAAUGUGGGAGAAGGUGUAUGUGCCAUAUCUACCUUAUGAUACAUUCAGUAUGUAUCCGGUGCUGUUGCGACCAAAAAGUAUUGGUUACAUCAAACUUCGCUCAUCUAAUCCAUACGAUCCACCAAUUAUUGACCCAAAAUAUUUGACACAUCCGGAUGACAUCCUUUCUAUGGUCGACGCCAUGAAGAUAUCAAUAGCUGUUGGUCUGACCCCCGCCUAUCAGAAUAUAGGCGCCCGUCUGUUUGAAACGGUUUUUCCCGGCUGUGAAAUAUAUAAGAUGUGGAGUGACGAGUACUUGGCUUGUGUUGCCCGAACCUAUACGGCAACUAUCUAUCAUCCGGUGGGUACCGCAAAAAUGGGCCCACCCUGGGAUCCCACAUCAGUUGUUGACCCUGAGCUUAAAGUACUCGGAGGUAUUAAAGGUUUACGAGUCGUUGACGGCUCUAUAAUGCCAAAGAUUGUGUCCGGCAAUACUAAUGCACCCAUUAUUAUGAUCGCCGAAAAGGCGGCCGAUAUAAUAAAAGGCGUACAUUUGCCACCAUAUAAGCCAACACCCGUACCACACGACCCCUCAAGCGACAGCUUUUUUGAUAGUUUUAAUAUUUUAGGAAAGAAAAAGAGAUAAUUGAAAUCAUGAUUUUAGCAAUAAUUUUAUAAAUAGUUUUAAUAUGGAUUUUAAAGAAAUUCAUAAUUUCUAAAAAAUAUUCAAUUUUAUA